GCACAUUAUUUGAUCUCCUAUACACGUACAUUUAGUUCAUUUUUUGUAACAAUGGUGAAACGCGAAGCUGUUGGAGUCGCCUUCUUCUUCCAUGGCAUCAUCGGCGUAUCGUUCUUUGUAGCUCAAGAUAAGGACAGAUGCUCACCGGCCCCGGUAUUGGGUAGCUGCAUAUUCAUGAUCGCCAUCGUGUUGUUGGCCAUGGAUAUGGAGAUAUAUUCGCAUCGCUACAUGCACUUGCCACUCUGGAUACAGUUCGCAGUGGAGACCGUAUCGACGCUGGCCCUAUUAGAGUUCUGCACCCUCGUAGUAUGGUGUGUCAUGGAGCGUUUGCUUCACCACGCAGUGCGGCUGGCAUUAGUGGCAAUGGGGAUGAGCAUGGAGCUGUAUCUGGCCUGGGAAUGGUGGCUACUCGGCAUCUCUACCACCGUUCUCGCCUGUAGUUUUCUUACCGUCAUAAAGAUGGCCAUUGUUCCCGAUUUCAGCAUCAAAAACUUCAUAAACCUUAAAAAGCCAACCGUGCAAUUGAAUUUGGAUGCUUACGUCAAUAUGGUCAACAUGAAUCAUCGGGAAAAACGUAAAAGGAAAAACUCCAAGUCGCCAACGCCGUCCAGGCAUCGAUAACGCGACUAACCAGGAGAUCCAGAACAAAGGUUUGGACUGUUCAAAUUUGUUGUUUUCGAGAAAGAUCAAAUUGUAGAGGUGCAAAUAAUUGUUUGGCAACUAAGAAUUUUAAAUUUGUGCAUUAUAUAGUUUUCUUCGGUUCAAAUAUACGUAUUAAGUUUAAGACUAUUUGAAGCAGGGGCUUAAAAGUUA